AUGGUUGCCAAACUCCUUUUCGUCGUCGGCCUUGCCACAUCCGUUCUGGCCCACCCUAACCACAAGAGACACAAUCGCUUCCACCUUGGCACCGGUACCGGUAACGGUCUGGCGAUGCCUACUGGUGCUACCUAUCCCAUCACCAAUGGCACGGCACCAAACAAUGGCACAGAUUUUGGCGGAUCCCCCAUUGAGUCACCGUCAUCUGUCGAAGCUACCUCGGUCCUACCCACAGCUACUGCUGCUAUGACAGUCACUGUCGUCCCUGUUCCUAUCGACUCCUCCUCCCCAGAUACUGGCAAGGACGUCUCAAGCGUGCCCACCGCAAUUGCCAUCCCUUCCAACACCGAGGUUGCACCGGCGGGAGACUCUCCAGCGGGCUCGCCGGCACCAGCCCCGGCCCCUGUACCAGGCUCAGGCGAUAAUUCCUGCUCUGUCUUGACCUCGACUAUCACCUCUACAUCCAUCCAGUACGUCACCGUCACUGCCGGGUUAGGAGACUCAGCCUUGGACGUUGCUCCCACGGGUGGUCCAGGCGCUUCCUCUGGCCCCAGCUCACUCGCUCCUAGCGGCGGCGCAGGCGAAUUUUUUCAAGCUCCUGGAAGCAUGACCUCCGCCUCAUCUUCGACGACCAGUGGUCCCACUAGCCUUGCUUCCGCCUCAGACAGCAUCUCUGCCGGUGCUCCCGCAGCUGGGGAGUUCUUCCCCCAUCCUGGCAAGCAGAGCUCGGUUCCAGCCAGUGGUGGCAGCGCUUCUGCGGCUGUGCCGUCUUACGGCGGCGGUGCAUCUUCGGUCAUCCCAACUACGUUUGCAACCAUCCCCAGCAGUGCUCCAUCCUCCAGCGCAGCUCUUAGUGCCUCUUCUGGGUCACCAUCCUCGACCCCUAGCUCUUCCCCAAGCACCGGUGGGUCGACUGGCGGCAAGAAGGGUCUCUCCUACAACACCGCCUCUCUGACUAACGCCUUCGCUGGCAAGGGUAUCAGCUGGGCAUAUAAUUGGGGUGCGUCACCAGACGGUUCAAUCGUCUCUGGGGCCGAGUAUGUUCCCAUGUUCUGGGGUCCCAGCUCGGUAUCCGGAUGGGCAAAUGCGGCCGCCGCUGCUAUUUCCAGCGGAUCCAAGCAUGCCUUGUCUUUGAACGAGCCGGAUCUCGCCUCCCAAGCCAACGUCGACCCUGCCACUGCAGCCAAGCUUCACAUUGAGAACAUGAAUCCGCUCGCCGGCCAGGUGCAGAUUGGCUCUCCUGCUGUCACCAAUGGUGCCGGUAGCAGCCCGCUCAUGGGUAUCGACUGGCUGAACCAGUGGUUCAGCGAGUGCAAGGGGAACUGCAAGGUCGACUUCGUCGCUUUCCAUUGGUACGAUUCUGCAAACAACCUUGAUUACUUCAAGAGCCAUGUCCAGGACGUAAUCGACACAGCUGCGAAAAACGGUGUUGGCAAGGUUUGGCUGACAGAGUUUGGUGCCACUGGAUCCGACAGCGACGUCGCCAACUUUUUGCAGGAAGCAGUUUCUUGGCUCGAUUCCCAGCCCGCAGUCGAAAGAUACGCGUACUUCAUGUGUGCUGAUGGCAUUCUUGUCAAGGGCAAUUCCAUCUCCUCACCUGUUGGUGCGGCAUAUUCUUGA